AUGUCAGAGGAACUGAGGCUCUAUAAGCAAACGUAUCAGAAAGAAGAGGAACGUUACGUUCAGCAGAUAUUGGUCGAAAAUCCAGUUAUUGUCGAACGUCGUGGACUAACCACCAACACCACCUCAGGUUCAGAAGAACCACUUAGUCGUGAGGAACAGUUGCGAUGCCAGCGUGCUGAAUCUUGCCGGCGAUCGCGCAUUAAUAAUAAAAUUAAUAAGAAAAGGAACGCUACGUUUAGCACACCUAUGUUGGUCGAAAAUCCAAUUACUGUCGAACGCAGUAGAAAAGUACACAAUACCACCUUGGGAUCAGAGGAACCACUUAGCCGUGAGAAACAAUUACGACGCCAGCAUGCUGAAUCUUGCGGUCAAUCGUAUAAUAAUAACAAGAUCUAUAAGGCAAAAAUUAAAUAUCACAAUAAAUGUACUUCCGAGAAGUCCGAAAAAAAUUGUACGAAUAUUGAAGCACUUCCUGAACGUCAUUAG